GGAAGACCUCUUUCUCUCUCUCUCCGUCCCUGUCCGUAACACAUAUUCUCUCUCCUCCUCCUCACUCUCAGUCCUCACAUGUAAGUGUGAACCAGAGGAACGGCAACGGAAAAAAAAAGAAAAAAAAAACAGAUCUUUCUCUCUCCUUUUUCUAAUCUUCUAAACGAGGGAAAGAAGGAAUUCAAUGGGGUUCUGAUUCUGAAAACUAAAAGAUUUCUUACACCAUUAGAUAGAGAAAUUGAUAGACAGAGAAAGAUAGAGACAGGAGAAGGAGAAGAGAAAGCGAGAGAGAUGGGAGGAGUGACUUCGUCCAUGGCGGCCAAGUUCGCAUUCUUCCCACCCAAUCCUCCUUCUUACAAGGUAAUUGCAGACGAAGUCACUGGUCUCUUGAUUCUGAGCCCCUUCCCUCACCGUGAGAACGUCGAUGUUCUCAAAUUGCCCACUCGUCGUGGCACUGAGAUUAUGGCCAUCUACGUUCGACAUCCCAUGGCGACCUCUACUGUCCUCUACUCUCAUGGCAACGCCGCCGAUCUCGGCCAGAUGUAUGAGCUCUUCAUCGAAUUGAGUAUCCAUCUGGGAGUCAAUCUCAUGGGAUAUGACUAUUCUGGGUAUGGACAAUCAUCUGGGAAGCCAAGUGAGCAGAAUACCUAUGCAGAUAUAGAAGCUGCCUAUAAGUACCUUGAAGAGAAUUACGGUGCUAAGCAAGAAGAUAUUAUCCUCUAUGGCCAAUCUGUUGGAAGUGGCCCAACUUUAGAUCUUGCAGCUCGUUUGCCUCAAUUAAGAGCUGUUGUUCUGCAUAGUCCUAUACUUUCAGGCUUAAGAGUCAUGUACCCUGUGAAACGCACAUACUGGUUUGACAUCUAUAAGAACAUUGACAAAAUUCCACUGGUUAACUGUCCUGUAUUGAUCAUUCAUGUAAGUCCUGGUUUUCUCUUCACUUGACAAUUACAAUUAGUG